AUGGAACCAUCACCAACAUCAAACCACCAUGCACUAAACAACAGUAAGUCGCCGACGGCGGCGGCGCUUCCCCGAGACUCCCGUGGGUCCCUGGAAGUGUUCAAUCCGACAAGCUACUCCUCUUCUAGCCUGAAAACUAACAGCCCGGUUUUCCGGUCACCGGUGUCGUGGAAAAGUUGGGUUGUAGAAUCACCUCCGACGACCAACGAUCCUCCUCCUCCGGCGGAGCCGGAAGAUUCAAACAGCUGGCUUGCUUCUAAGUCCGGCAGAACAAAUGCCGAUCAAAUCACAUCAUGGAUGGCUUUCAAAGAUCCUUCACCGCCCUCUUCAACAUCACAGUCUUCAAAGCCGGUUCAGGAAGUGGUAAAGUCGCCGGAGAAGGCCAAGUCUCCAAUUCCCGGCGAAGUUGGAAACGCUGCUCAAAGGGCGGCUGAGUGGGGCCUGGUGUUGAAAACUGACAGUGAAACUGGUAAACCACAGGGUGUUAAAGCAAGAACUUCCGGCGAGGAGCAAAAUAAGUCAAGCAGACGUGAUUCCGGUAACUCCGUCAGAAGCUCCGGUGAUUUAUCCGAUGAAGGAAGAGAAAGAGGAUUUCCAAGGGUGUCGGAGGACAUAAAGGAUGCCUUAUCAACAUUUCAGCAAACCUUUGUGGUGUCGGAUGCUACCAAACCCGAUUACCCGAUUUUGUAUGCAAGUGCUGGAUUCUUCAAGAUGACUGGCUAUACAUCCAAAGAAGUCAUUGGCAGAAACUGUCGAUUCUUACAGGGUUCGGAUACGGAUCCAGAGGACGUGGCGAAGAUCAGAGAAGCUUUACAAUCUGGAACUAAUUACUGCGGUAGACUGCUCAACUACAAAAAGGAUGGAACACCUUUUUGGAAUUUGCUCACCAUUGCUCCCAUCAAGGAUGAAAAUGGCAAAACUCUCAAAUUCAUCGGAAUGCAAGUGGAAGUAAGCAAGCAUACAGAAGGGGCUAAGGAUAAAAUGCUUCGUCCUAAUGGCCUCCCCGAAUCAUUGAUCCGCUAUGACGCCAGGCAGAAGGAAAUGGCAGCGAGUUCGGUGACGGAGCUCGUGGAUGCAAUGAAGAAGCCACAGCGUCCCAGAGCCCUGAGUGAAUCAACCAACAGCCGUCCCAGCUUGACCAGAAAAUCAUCAUCGGAAGAUAAUGGGGGGGAUGAAACCAUAAGUCUCAACUUAAACAACAAGGCUCCGGCGAGACGGCAUUCCCACGCCGGCACCAGAACCUCAUCCUCAUUGUCCUCAAUGGAGCGUAUCGUGGAGCAGCCCGAAACCAAUAAUAAACCCAAAAAAUCACGACGCCUUUCCAUAAUGGGGAUUAUGAAGAAAGGUCGUCGGAAAAGUACGGCAACCGAUGACGACGAUGAUGACGUAUUUGAGGCUAGAGUUACGAUGAAAGAGGACGAGGUUGAUGAGAGUGAUGAGGAGGAUGAUGACGCAAGGCCGGAGAGCCUGGAUGAUAAAGUCAGGAAGAAGGAGAUGAGAAAGGGUAUUGAUUUGGCCACUACGUUGGAGCGUAUUGAGAAGAACUUUGUGAUUACUGAUCCCAGGUUGCCUGAUAAUCCCAUUAUUUUUGCAUCGGAUAGUUUCUUGGAGCUCACUGAGUACAGCCGUGAAGAAAUCCUGGGAAGGAAUUGCAGAUUUCUUCAAGGACCCGAAACUGAUCCGGCUACGGUGAAGAAGAUUAGACAUGCAAUUGAUACCCAAACUGAAGUCACAGUUCAACUCAUCAACUAUACUAAGACCGGCAAGAAGUUCUGGAAUUUGUUCCAUCUCCAGCCUAUGCGUGACCAAAAGGGAGAAGUGCAAUAUUUCAUAGGAGUACAAUUAGAUGGGAGUGAGCAUGUUGAGCCGCUUCACAAUUGCAUCCCUGAGGACACAGCAAAUGAGGGUGCCAAGCUGGUGAAAGAAACUGCUGAAAAUGUUGGUGAAGCAGUCAAAGAACUUCCAGAUGCCAACCAGAAACCAGAAGAUUUGUGGGCAAAUCACUCAAAAGUGGUCCAUCCGAAACCACACAGAAGGGAUUCAGCAGCUUGGAAAGCUAUUCAAAAGGUUCUUGAUAGUGGAGAGCAAAUAGGAUUGAAACACUUUAGACCAGUAAAACCUUUGGGAUCUGGUGAUACUGGCAGUGUGCAUUUAGUAGAACUUUGUGGCACUGAUCAGUACUUUGCUAUGAAAGCAAUGGACAAGGGGAUGAUGCUCAAUAGAAACAAGGUGCACAGGGCUUGUGCAGAAAGAGAAAUACUAGACAUGUUGGACCACCCGUUCCUUCCUGCUCUUUACGCUUCAUUUCAGACUAAAACACAUAUCUGUCUGAUAACUGAUUACUGCCCUGGUGGCGAGCUCUUCAUGCUUUUGGAUAGACAGCCACUGAAGGUGUUGAAGGAAGAUGCUGUAAGAUUCUAUGCUGCAGAAGUCAUUGUAGCAUUAGAGUAUCUUCACUGUCAAGGUAUAAUAUACAGAGAUUUGAAGCCUGAAAAUGUUCUACUGCAGAGUAAUGGGCAUGUGGCUUUGACAGAUUUUGAUUUAUCCUGCUUAACUUCCUGCAAGCCGGAGCUUUUAAUACCAGAGGUAGAUGAAAAGAAAAAGCGUCGCAAAGGUCAACAAGAUCCAAUAUUCUUUGCUGAACCAAUGCGAGCUUCAAAUUCUUUUGUUGGGACAGAGGAAUACAUCGCUCCGGAAAUUGUUGCAGGAGCAGGCCAUACCAGUGCAGUGGACUGGUGGGCUCUAGGGAUUCUUCUGUAUGAAAUGCUGUAUGGAUACACACCUUUUAGGGGAAAGACAAGGCAAAAGACAUUUGCAAAUAUAUUGCACAAAGAUUUGAAGUUUCCUGGAAGCAUACCGGCAAGUCUUCAAGUCAAGCAGUUAAUUUACCGUUUGCUGCAUAGAGAUCCGAAGAACAGAUUAGGAUCACGUGAAGGAGCAAGCGAAAUUAAGAAGCAUCCGUUCUUCAAGGGUGUCAAUUGGGCACUAGUGCGAUGCAUGAGUCCUCCUGAGCUAGAUACUCCAAUAUUCGGAACAGCUGAAGCUGAGAAGGACUCAAAAGUUGAUCCCGGAAUGCAAGAUUUGCAAUCAAAUGUCUUCUAA